ACUUAAAGCCAGUGUAUUGCCUCCCACGCGCUACCAUUUGAAGUCCACAACAGUUGAAAGUGGUUUGGAACUACACUUUAAAGGCCGAACCAGCUCUUUUCUCUUGGCCAAAUUCCCACUACCCUGCUGCCACUACUACCUCCACGGUCAUCAAUACCCUCAUCACCAUUACCAGUCCACUUGCAAGUUAGAUGGCAUCACAAGACUCCCAACCAUUCCACUGGCACUACGAAGAAGUCGACGAAAAUGACUUCCAAGUCCGUGGCCGCGCUCUCUUUUAUGUACUGAUCGUCGGCUCCAUGAUCAUCCUUAUCGCCCUACUCUCCAUCUACGCCCGCUGGGUCUGCCUUGAAAACACGCGGCAUAACCUUCCCUCUAGGCUUCCUGUGCACCACGCGCCUCGCCUUCCUCCAAGAGGCCUCGAAUCCACGAUCAUCAAGGCUUUGCCGAUAACUUUGCACAAAUCAAAUUUGGGUACCAGUAAUAAUGGCACUGCAGUCGAAAGCGAGUGCUGUAUAUGCCUUGGUGUGUUUGAAGAUGGUGAUAGGCUGAAAGUUUUGCCGCAGUGUCAGCAUUGUUUUCAUUGUGACUGCGUCGAUAAGUGGCUUGUCACUCAGUCAAGUUGCCCACUCUGUAGAGCUUCUAUCCGAGCUGAAUCGGCUGUUUUAUCGAUCAUAACAGAGUAAACAAAACAGCCCAGAUUUCUAUUUCUGUAGAUUAUGUCUUUAAAUGAACCAGAUUGUUGUAUUAAAUCACGAAUGCUUUUGAGAAAAUUCAUCGAACAGAUGGCAAUCAAUACAUAUUGCAAGAUAUCUUGUAAUUCUUGCACUGAUAAAA